GAACUGUCAAAUUUGUACAAUUUGCUAAAAAAAACUGUCAAAUGUAGAACAUAACGUAUACCAAAAUCGCGUAUAUCGAAUAUGGCGUAUAUCGGGGAAUAUCUGUACCCACCCAAGUGACAUUUUCGAGCAGAUUGUAAGCGUUUUUCGAGUUGCUGGAAGCUUAAAGAGCAGGCUUAAAACUGGCUUAAAGAGCAAGCGAUUUUGCAGAGUUUAAGCUUAUUAUAACAGUUGAAACGUCAGAUGAUGAAGCGUUUUUUCCUCGCAAUUGGUUUGAUUGUCAUCGCAUGCAAUUGUCACAAGCCAUCGGCCAUGACAGUGGAAAUAUAAAGCAAAAUAUUGUAGUUCUUUCGUGGUAGUUUUACGCAAAGUUUAUUAUCAUUAUAUCGUUAGUUUUGUCCGUUCAUCAGCUUUGUUCGUGGUAGUUUCCUGGAAAAAUUAAAAAGAAAAUGCAGAAGGAAUCUGAAAUGAAACAAAAUAAGUUUACGUUGAUUUCAUUGAACGCUAGAUUCCCUGGGAUUACGAUAAAAUCUUCAUCACAAACACCACGAUCUUCAUCUCCUAGAAAUGAAAAUCAAAAUCCACCACUAUUAUGCAAGACGGAAGGGAUACACCAACCAACACCUACCGAUAAAGAUUCCUUAAAGCUACUUAGUUCAACUGCACCAAUAAUGUUGCCUGGAUCGUGUAAAACAGAAACGCCCAGAAACGGUGGUUCGAUAUGUUACGAUGUCCGUGAGAGUGAGAAGAAUAAAACUAAUGUUGCGAAUGAAUCAUAUAAACAAGUAACCCAUUGCCAAAUGAUGACUUCAAAACAGUCGCAGGGGUAUUCUGACGCAGAACUGUUCAGAAUCGUUGCUGCAAAACAGUCUUGUGGUACCAGAAAGAAAUGUUUUACAAACGAUGCACCACAACUAUCUCGUCCGAUACAUACUAAUAAGUCAACAUACAACCUGCUUCCUUCAGUUGGUAAUGGUUCUACACAAUCACCGUCGUGUGAUUUUGGUAUUACAAAACGUAAACCUUUGAUGUUCACAGAAGCAAGGAGCUCAAAUUUCGAGACAAAUGUUAUUAAAGAUCUCUCUAUGUUGAAAACGUCGGUUGCUGGUGUUUGGACCGAAUUAGAAUACCUAACCGAUCACCGGUGCAAAUUUGCUGACAUGAACAAAAACACACAUGAAAUGGAGGAAAACAUAUCUUUCAUAAUGCCUCGUAUCACCAAUGAAUCACAAUUGAUAGAAUUUAAUGAACAGCUGCUUGAUGACAAUUAUUUUCAAAUAGUUCGUAAUUACUUUGCCACAACAUCUCAAACGGGCAAUAAGGAUGCUAAAAGCCGAAUGCAUGAUGCAUUCAUAGCUUUAUUUGAUAAGCAAUUCGUCGUGCAGUGCAGCUGGCGAGGAGGUGGAAAGGAGGGACCAAAGAUUCCAAUUGAUAAAUACACGAAUUUAUGGAAAUUAUUUAAAAUAAUUGGAGAAAACGGUAGAUAUACUGUUGAAAAGCAAGACGUAGAAUUAUAUUUAAAAAAAAAACUGCGCAAUGCUAAAAGCAGUUUAGAAAACUACAAGGGAGCUAUCAGAAGCUCGUCUAAAAUAUAUCACAAACGAGAAAAUAAGAAGUAAUUGUUA